CAUUUCUCGAAUAAAAUUUAAAGAAAUAUGCCCGUAUAUCACGAAAGACAAACGCGACAAUUAUGUGCUUUACAUACUUUAAAUAAUUUAUUUCAAUCUCGUCAAGCAUUUACCAAAGAACAAUUAGAUCAAAUAUGUACAAAUUUAAAUCCAAAUGUAUUUCUAAAUCCACAUCGUUCGAUGCUGGGAUUAGGAAACUAUGAUGUCAAUGUUAUAAUGACCGCCCUGCAGACGAAUAAUUGUGAGGCCUGUUGGUUUGAUAAGCGAAAAGAUCCUUCGUGCAUUGACCUUAACGCAAUUGUGGGCUUCAUUCUCAAUGUUCCUUCAGAUUAUAAAUUCGGCUUUAUAACACUGCCAUUGCGUCGAAGACAUUGGAUUGCGGUACGUCAAAUCGAUGGCAAAUUUUACAAUUUAGACUCCAAACUGCAAGCACCCGAAUGCAUAGGUAACGACGAGCAAUUAUUUGCAUUUCUGAAACAACAACUGCAAUCAAAUGAUCGGGAAUUAUUUGUUAUUGUCGAAUCGAGUGCCAAUGAUGCAAAUGACCAACAGAAAAAAUGGUUAAAAGAAUCACCAACAAAUGAAACCCCAACAAAAAUGGCCAAACAUAAUAAUACAAAUUCUUCAGUAAUGAAUGGUCAUGUUUCGUGA